AUGUCGUGUCGGGCAGGUGCCGCAGCGGCCGGCGAUGUGGGCGUGGUGUCUUCAACUACGUUGAUGCGCCCGCCGCCACCGCCGCCGCCGCCACCUCCUCCGCCUCCGCCUCCGCCGCCGCCGCCGCCACCGUCAACGCAGCAGACGAUGCGGGCUCCGGCGGCGCCGGCCCGUCCACGCAUCCGGCAGAGCGGCUCCAUCAAACGGGAGCGGGUCGAGGAGCCGUCCAGCUCUAUACCUGACCUAGAUUUCGAUGGGACCACCGUGCUCUGCCAGGUGUGUGGAGACAAGGCAUCCGGCUUCCACUACGGCGUCCACUCCUGUGAAGGAUGCAAGGGGUUCUUCCGCCGCUCAAUUCAGCAGAAGAUCCAGUACAAGCCGUGCACCAAGAACCAAAACUGCUCCAUCCUGCGGAUAAACCGCAACCGGUGUCAGUACUGUCGGCUGAAGAAAUGCAUCACGGUCGGCAUGAGUCGCGACGCGGUCCGGUUCGGACGCGUGCCGAAGCGCGAGAAGGCCAAGAUCCUGGCGGCCAUGCAGUCGGUGAACCAGAAGUACCAGGAGCGCGCCUUUCUCUCUGAGCUGGAGGACGAUGGCAAGCUGGUCCGCAUCAUCGUGCAGGCGCACCUGGAGUCGUGCGACUUCACGUGGGCCAAGGUGGGCGCCAUGCUGCAGGCAGCGCGCCAGGCGCCCAGCUACAGCCACAAUACCUCCGGCUAUGCGUGCCCGCUGAGCCCGCGCAUCGUCGGCGUCGACGGGCGCUUGCGCGACUCGCAGCUGUUCGGGCCGCACAUCAAAGCCGUGGUGGACUUCGCCAAGCAGCUGCCCGGCUUCCUGCGCCUGCCCGAGGAGGACCGCGUCACUCUGCUCAAGUCGAGCGUGUUCGAGGUGCUGCUGGUCUGGCUCGCCUGCAUGUUUGACAGCAAGACGAAUACGGCGGCAUGCCUGAACGGUCAGCUGGUGCGACGGGACGCGUUCCCAGCCGGCUCGCAACCCAAAUUCCUGCUCGACUCCAUGUUCAGCUUCGCCCAACAGCUGAACGCGCUGCGCCUCAGCGACGCCGAGAUUGGCCUGUUCUGCGCAUGCGUGGUGCUGACCACCGAGCGGCCCGGCCUGCGCAACCUGGAGCUGAUCGGCCGCAUCCACCACAAGAUGGACGCUGCGCUGCGCGCGGUGCUGGCGCAGAACCAUCCGCAGACGCCCGACCUGUACGACCAGCUGGCGCGUAAGGUGCACGAUCUGAAGACGCUCAACACGCUGCACUCGGACAUGAUCCGCUCGCUGAAGGAGCCGGAGGAGCGGCAGCGGCCGGCCGAGGAGCGGCAGCGGCCGGCGGCGCCGGCCGGCUCGCCUGCCUGGCCGACCGACGCCGUGCGCGAGACGAACCACUCGCCGCACAGUCUCAGCUCCGGCUACGUGGGCAGCGAGGAGGGCAGCGUGCAGUCACCGGCCGGGCGGCACACCGACUCGUCGCCCUCGCCGGACGCGCCGGCCGGCGGCUCGGCGCCGUCGGCCAGCGGGCCGGCCAGCCCCUGCUCGUCGCCGCGCAGCCUGUUCGACGAGCGCGGCGGCGAGCCGUUCGUCAAGGCCGAGUCGGACGAGUACAUGCCGCUGCUGAAGCAGGCGCUCUCCAAGCCGAGCCUGGCCGUGGCGGACGCCGGCGGCCGCGCGCUCGUCGAGACAGCCUUCGUGCCGCACAAGAAGUUCCGCUGGAUGCGCCGCGAGAACGACGCCGAGCCGACCGAGUCGUCUGAUGAGAUGGGUGACGAGGAGAAGGCGUCGCGCACGCCCACGCUGAGCCGCAUCCUCGGCGCGCCGCCGCAGCGAGGCUGGAGUGCAGAGCAGAUCCGACAGCGCGAGGCUGUGGCGCACCUGCUGAGCAUGCACGCCGGGCUGGGCGGCGCGCCGGUGCCCCCGCCGCCUCCGCCACCGCCGCCGGCACCGGCGCCCGCGCCGGCCGGCUGUCGACGGCUGUGGCUGCGCACCAUAGGACCGCUGUCGCUGCGCACCAUAGGACUGCUGUCCCUGCGCACCAUAGGACCGCUGUCGCUUCGCGCCAUAGGACCGCUGUCCCUGCGCACCGUAGGACGGCUGUGGCUGCGCACCAUAGGACCGCCGUUGCUGCGCACUUCGAAUAGUCGAUAA